AAGCGCUGUUUCAUUUCGCGUGGGUAUUUUGAAAACAACAAGAUAGAUCUAUGAGAAAAAAAAUAACAAUAUUAUUCAGCCGUGAUGCCGUUGCCACCCACACGUAAACGACCUCAUGGGCCUGAUGCUGAUUUAGUUGUUGAUGACUCGGGUCCUAGCAGCAAUGUCAAAGUUGUUGUUAGAAUUCGUCCACCUAAUGUUAAAGAGACUGAGGGAAACUUCAGAGAGGUUGUACAGGCAGUAGAUGAAAAUGUGCUAGUUUUUGACCCCAAGGAACCAUCUUCAUAUGAAUAUGGUGGAGGGAGGAGAAGACCUAGGGAUAUAAGACAAAGGAGAAAUAAAGACCUUAAGUUUGCAUUUGAUCAUGUAUUUGAUGCAAGUGCAACAAACAUUGAUGUGUACAAUGAGACAACAAACACAGUGUUAACAGGUCUGCUAAAUGGAUAUAAUUGUUCAGUGUUUGCUUAUGGUGCUACUGGGGCUGGUAAAACACAUACAAUGUUGGGAAGUAAAGAACACCCAGGCGUUAUGUACCAUACAAUGAUGGAUCUUUACUCGCGCAUUGAAAACAUGAGGGACAAUAAAACCUGUGAUGUGGCGGUCUCAUAUUUGGAGAUUUAUAAUGAGACAAUCCGAGAUCUACUGAUGAAAGGGUCAGUGCUACCAAUCAGAGAGGAUCCUGGGAAAGGUGUUGUUGUACCGGGUCUGUCCCUACACAAGCCAAAGACAGCGGAGGAGUUACUGUACAUGUUACAGUUUGGGAACCAGCACCGGACACAACACCCCACAGAUGCCAAUGCUGAGUCUUCUAGGUCACAUGCUGUAUUACAGGUGUUUGUAAGACAGCAGGAUCGUACAGCCAAUAUCUCCACAGAGGUUCGUAUUGCGAAACUCUGUCUUGUAGAUCUGGCUGGGUCAGAGAGAGCAACUGUUACAAAGAACAGGGGUUCGAGGUUCAGAGAGGGUGCUAAUAUCAACAGAUCUCUGCUAGCUCUGGGAAAUGUCAUUAAUGCAUUGGCAGAAAAUAAGGCUAAAGGUUAUGUACCAUAUAGAGACAGCAAGCUGACGAGGUUACUGAAGGAUUCUCUUGGUGGUAACUGUCAGACAGUAAUGAUAGCUGCUGUCAGCCCAUCUGCCAUGUCGUAUGAAGAUACCUAUAACACAUUAAGAUAUGCUGACAGGGCCAAGCAUAUCAAAGCUACAUUGAAAAAGAAUGUAAUAAAUGUGGAUAUUCAUAUGGCCAAAUAUGGCAAGAUUGUUGAAGAGCUACGAAAAGAGAUUAAAGAGUUAAAGGGAAAGCUAAAAAGUUAUGAAGACAACAGAAUGGUACCGGGAGAGGUGGUUGUACAGGCAGACAUGUCUUCAUUCAUUGGUUAUCAAAAUGAGAUAGAAAAGUUUUUUGUUGGUCAUCAAUCACUACAUGCUGAUCAGCUACAACAAGAAAUAGCCUUAAGAAACCUACAGUGGAAGAUGUACAGGAAACAACGAUGUCUGUCACGUCUUAACACAGUAGAUGAGCCGUGUAACAUUGAGUCAUUGAGGAAAGUAGAAACAAUGCUAAAUGGUAUGAAGCAGAAGACAUCUUGCAUGAAAAUCUCAUCCGAGUCAUCCAGGAGCAAGUUACUGGAAGGUUACAAGCAGCUGGGUGAUCUGGAGCAGGAUAUCAAAGAUUCAUGUGGGUUACAAGAUAACCAGCUUCCUGAGGUAUUGUCAUUGAGUCUACAGUUACAUGGUGUAAAGUCUGAACUCCUUGAUACCAAACAGUAUCUUAGUUAUACUAAACAAGUUGUUAGAUGUCAGGAGAAAGAGUUACUACACAAUGAAAGAUUGGUUCACUUAAUGUUAAAACUGUUGAAGAAGCAGCAUUACAUAAUGAAAGGUCACAACAUUUUGACCUCUGACCUCUCAGAGGACUAUGCCAGUAUACAGAAGAGAGUUGCCGGUCAGGAGUUGUGCUGGGGAGACGAGGAGAGCGGUUCUAUAUACACCUGUGGCUACACACUGACAGAUAUGCUGGACCUUCCAUCUCUGCAACUUAAACCUGAUCCUAGUCAGCAAGAAUGUAUCAAAGAAAGGAAGGAAAGAUGUUCAGAGGCUACGAAAUCAGGAGCUGUAUUUGAAUUCACUGCAACCCAACAUGAACCAAGGGACAACCAAAUUCCUGCUAAUUAUCCAUUUAAAGUGGUUGAUGAAUGUUCACCACCCAAAGCAAAGCGUGUAAUGUUGCCAGCCUCACAACCCCAACAGUCUACAAGCAGAGUAUACAGACCUGGUGGUGGUCAGUCAGCUAGGGGCAGUUACAAGACAGGCUUAACACCAACUAAAUCUAGAUUUACUCCAUCAAAAUCUCGAUCAUUUACUGAAUCUUCAAGCUCAUAUAAUAGUGUGAAAAACUUAACCAAAAAUACUGGUCAGAAUAAUUCAAAAGUGUCGCGAAAUCUGCUUGGAGAAAAUAAAACUAAUACAUCAGUGUCAAAAAAACCAAAUGAUAGAAAAAGGAACUUGCAUCGAAGGUCCGCCAGUGUUGGUUCAAGUGUGGACUUUGAUACAGAUGAAAGUUUAGAACUAGACGUUAUGCCUAAAUCCAGGUUUAACAAAAUUAACGACACAAUGACAAAGUGUAAGAAAUUUUCCUCUUCUCAUUCAAAAUCAUCUAUGUCUCUUGUGAAGUCACAUACACGCAGAAGUUUGAUAGUGGAGGAGGAGUCUAAUCAUGAUGGAACUUUCACGAUCGAUCCUGAUUGUCUUGACAUUCCUGCAACAGUUAUACCUUGUGUUGAUUGUGACAGUGAAAAUAAUAAAAGUGUGAAAAACAGUGUUGUCUCUGACAGCUGUAAAACUUGUCAUAAGUGUGCUAAAGAAAUGAAUGUAAAUUCAAACAAUAAUAUAAAGUUAGAUAAUGGAAUUUGUAAUACUCGGAGUAUGUCGCAGAAAACUAGUCAUUGUGGGGAGUUGAACGUAGAACCUGCUCAGAGAUAUACCACAUGUGUAGAACAUUUACCGGUAGAUUACGGACCUGAGAAUGAUUCCGGGACUAGUACAAUAGUGGACCAGUCUGCUAAUAGUGUAACUAGUCUAGCUUCUUUGUCAACUCUAGUCGACGGCCAAAAUCUCUCCCAGAAUCUCUCUUCUUCUGAAGACAGUAAUUUACAUGAACAAACUAUUUGUACAAAGCAUAAAAGAGACUCUUUAGAAAUGAAACAUAUGGAAUCUGUGGAGAAGAAAUGUGUGAAAAUAAAUUCUGGUACAGUGACAAAGACAGUUACAAAUACUGUACAACAAGAAACUGUGACAAAGUCAGUGAAUCAUGUUGAGGUUUCUGAGGGUGACAGGGAGGCCAAGGCUGUACGGUGCAUAAAAUUUGACAACAUAGAAAAUAACCAUACUCCUACUAAAGGUAAGAGUUAUGCUGACAUUGUACGGACACCAACACCAGAGAGGAAGCCAUUACGACAAGUUGGAGGCUGUAACACUAUGCUCUCAUCACCUCGAUGUGAUAGUAGAAGAGAAUUAAGAUUUAUUUGUCCAUAA